AUAUCAAAAGCAAUGUCAACCAAGCACCACAAACAUGGGAGAAGGCAAGAGUUGGUCAACAUUCCAAUUGACACUACAAAUUCAAAGGACACGCUAGGCCACAUACUGAUCAGUCGACCGUACGACCGGUUACCAAGUGGUCAGAUAAUUCGAGCUAUUGGGCUGCAAUGGGAAGAAUUAUACGACAAAAUAUGUGAUACAACUACAUUCCCAUACAAAUAA